CAUGGAAAGUUCGUUCUGACUUCGUCACGGAGUUAAUUUAGAAUCAAUUACAGUGAGAGAAAGACACUGGACCCUCAAUUAAUUGCACACGGCCAUACACACCACAGCUUCAAAGUCACAGAAACCAAAACUCCGCGAUGGGCAGUCAUGUCGUGGAUAUUUGGGUGGCCAACAAGGAACACCAAGAGUCGAUGCAAGACAGGAUCUCCAAGACCACCCCUCAGUUAUUAAGCACAGCAGCCGGCAAAAGCAGUUGCUGCAUCUUCAGAGUCCCCCAGAGCUUCGUCGAGAUUAACGGCGGCAAUUCCUACCACCCCCGCAUCGUCUCCAUCGGUCCUUACCACCGCGGCAAGCCUCACCUCCAGAUGAUUGAGGAGCACAAGUGGCGGUACCUCCGCUCCUUGCUCUCCAGAACCCAGACCAUGGGUAUAUCCUUAGAGAACUACUUCCAAAGCAUACACCCGCUUGAAAAGGAUGCUAGAGAUUCUUAUUCUGAAACGAUCCACCUCGAUUCCGAUGAAUUUCUGGAAAUGAUGAUUCUUGAUGGCUGUUUUAUGUUAGAGUUAUUUCGGAAGGUCAACAAUCCGACGCUUUUUGUAGAAGACGACCCUCUUGCCACCAUGGCGUGGAUAUUACCAUUUUUCUACAGAGACUUUCUCCGACUCGAGAAUCAGAUUCCGUUCUUUGUUCUUGAAAAGUUAUUUGAAAUUUCUAUGAUGCCUGACGAAGAAUUUGGUCCGUCCUUUUCUGUGCUCGCUAUGCGAUUCUUCAACAACGCAAUGUUAAGAGACGAGGAAGUCAUAGAUGGGUUCCGCAAUCUCAACGGCUUGCAUUUGUUGGACCUGGUACGAUCAAGCUUUAUACCACCCGAUCAUGAAUUUCCACCAAACGAAGGUAUCGUACCGACCCAUAUUAUUCACCGUAUCUCGAAGCUUCGCCGUUCAGGGAUUAGGCUGAACCCGGGUAAGGCAGAGAGCUUCAUGGUGGUGAAAUUCAAACAUGGCGUUAUUGAGAUGCCCAGCAUAACCAUCGACGAUUUCAUGAGCUCUUUCUUGGUGAACUGUGUGGCGUUCGAGCAGUGUCACAAAAGCCGCUUCAAGCAUGUCACCACUUAUGUUACUUUGUUGGACUACCUUGUGAAUUCAGCCAAGGACGUAGAGUACCUUUCCGACCGCAACAUCAUUGAGAACAACUAUGGGACCGAAGGUGAGGUUGCGCACUUCAUCAACAACAUGGGCAAGGAGGUAGCAUUUGAUAUCGACAAGUGUUAUUUGUCCAAAUUGUUCAAUGAUGUGUAUGAUUAUCAUCAGAAUAGCUGGCACGUGCAGUGGGCAAGCUUCAAGUAUACAUACUUCGACACCCCAUGGUCAUUCAUUUCGGCAUUGGCUGCCUUUGUGCUCUUAGUGCUUUCGUUUUUACAGACCUUUUACACCAUCUAUGGUUUUAUCCAUCCAUAACCCAAUGCGCAGCAUAGAACAGUACUGUCCGGUCAUAGUUAAUUUUAAGAGGAACGCGUAUUUUUUUUUAGUGUAAAGUUAUUGUAUUUGUUUUGUCAUAUUUAGAGUUCUUUUGCCAAGGGAA